UGCCGUGUCCGGAUGCCCCCCCAUGACCCUCUGUGUUUGCAGCGCUGCUGGGACGUGGCUCUGGCGCCGCUGAAGCAGAUCCCCAUGAACCUGUUCAUCAUGUACAUGGCCGGCAACACCAUCUCCAUCUUCCCGGCCAUGAUGGUCUGCAUGAUGGGCUGGCGCCCGCUGCAGGCCCUCAUGUCCCUGUCUGCCACCCUGAAGGCCCUGGAGAGCUCCAGCCGGCGGGCGCUGCAGGGGCUCGUGUUCCUGGUGGGCAACGGGCUGGGGCUGGCACUGGCCCUCUACAAGUGCCAGGCCAUGGGGCUGCUGCCCACCCGCCCCUCCGACUGGCUGGCCUUUGUCACCCCUCCGCAG